AUGGCGAAGGUUUCGGAGCCGUGGUCUGCCCGUCAGCAGUGCCAGCUGGCCUACAUCUCAGAGUUUACAACGGACAUCCGCCAUGUGGCGGGUAAGGACAAUCACGUGGCUGAUUGCCUCUCCCGGGCCAUCGCAGGAGCUGUCCACCUGGGAAUCGACUACACCAGCAUGGCAGGUGAUCAGGCCUCCGACCCGGAGGUCCAGGCUCUGAGGACAGCUGUCACGGGACUCAGUUUGGAGGACAUCAAGUACGACAACGUCGGUGCCACGCUCCUGUGGUUCAGCUACCUCCUGACGAUGGUGGACAGGACCACCCGCUGGCCGGAGGCUGUCCCGCUGGCAUCCACUACGACCUCUGACGUGGCCCGGGCGUUCAUAGGCACCUGGGUCGCCCGGUUUGGCCCCCCUUCUGAUGUCUCCUCUGACAGGGGACCUCAGUUCACUUCCGAGCUGUGGAAUGCGGUCGCCGGGGGCCUGGGUGUGCGGCUCCAUCGAACAACCGCUUAUCACCCACAGGCUAAUGGGUUGUGUGAGGGGUUUCAUCGCUCCUUGAAAGCUGCACUCCGGGCCAGCCUUACGGAUGACGGUUGGGUUGAUAGGCUCCCCUGGGUCAUGUUGGGCCUCCGGACUGCCCCUAAGGAGGACCUGCGGGCUUCGUCGGCCGAGCUGGUUUACGGGCAGCCACUAAGGGUUCCUGGGGAUUUCAUCCCCACCGCCACAGCUCCCUGGUCGGCGGCCCAGGAGCGGACCUCGCUCCAGGACAGGGUCCGGGGUUUCACGCCGGUGCCCACCUCGCAGCACGGCCUCCCGAAGGCUUGUGUGCCGCCCAGCCUGCGGAUGGCGGGGUAUGUGUUCAUCCGCCAUGAUGCCCAUCGGGGCCCUUUCCGUCCUCCCUACAACGGUCCGUUUCGCGUCCUGGAGGCCGGUGACAAGGCCUUCUUGGUAGACAUUGGGGGCAGGCCUGACUACAUUUCGGUCGAUCGCCUCAAGCCGGCCCACCUGGAUCUGGACCAGCCCGUGGGGUUGGCUCUGCCCCCGCGGCGGGGUCGUCCUCCGGUUUCCAAGCCACACCGCCUCAUGACUCCUGCGCUGCCUGCUGUGGCCCCCUCGGCCCCCACACCGGUUCCGCUGAGUCGUUUCGGGCGUGUGCUCAGGGCUCCUUCCCGUUGGCCUUGACUGUUUGGGAGUGUGAAUUCUGGGGGGGCGUCUGUAGCGGUAUCGUAAUUCAAUGUGUAUGUUGUAUGGUGCGUGCCCCCUUUAAGGGAAGGGGGCGUG